AAAGGUUUAAUUUUGGUGAGAGUACAUUGUACAGUUUAACUGAUUGAUAAUGCACAUUAUUUUGUGACUUUCAAACUCUAUGUAGUGAUACCAAUAUGUCACAUCCAUGACGUGUGUGAUAGUUGUGUGUAUCUGCAUUUUUGGGUACGUGUUCUUUUUCUGUGUGUAUGUAAUUCAAACAUGAUAGAAUAAAACAUGAUGGUAUUGUUAGUAUUUUUAGUGCCUUGAAAAUCGUUCGACAACUCUCAUUUGCAAGUAUUCUACGGCUCUUUUUGAGCUUUCAAGAUUACCUCAAUAUCGUUUGAAGCACCAUAUGUUGCUAUACUGUGAAAGUAUGCAAAAUACACACUUUUUGUUUCUUUGAUCAGUAAAACCCUUAACACCACUUUCAAGCAAUACAAGGAUGUUGACAACUUUUAUUUUAUUUGUGUUAUAUAUUUUUUCCACGCUUUAAUAUCCGUUUAAGGGAGUAAACCCAGAGCCUCGCCCGCAAGCGACCUCGGCUUCUGCCUCUAUAAUAUGGUAGUAAAGCAACUAAUAUCUCUUUAACGAUGUAAACCUAGAGCCUCGCCCGCAAGCGAUCUCGGCUCCUAUCCCUAUAACAUUGUAAUAAAUUAGCUAAUAUCCGUUUAAGGGAGUAAAUGUAGAGCCUCGGCCGCAAGCGACCUCGGCUUCUACCUCUAUAAUAUUGUAGUAAAUCAGCUGAUAUCUCUUUAACCAAGAAGAUCACAGUAUCACAGGCCUCAGCCGCAAGCGACCUCGGCUUCUGCCUCUAUAAUAUUGUAGUAAAUCAGCUGAUAUCUCUUUAACCAAGAAAUACACAGGCCUCGGCCGCAAGCGACCUCGGCUUCUGCCUCUAUAAUAUUGUAGUAAAUCAGCUGAUAUCUCUUUAACGAAGAAAAACACAGGCCUCGGCCGCAAGCGACCUCGGCUUCUGCCUCUAUAAUAUUGUAGUAAAUCAGCUGAUAUCUCUUUAACGAAGAAAAUCACAGGCCUCGGCCGCAAGCGACCUCGGCUUCUGCCUCUAUAACAUUGUAAUAAAUCAGCUAAUAUCUUUUUAAUGGAGUAAAUUGAAGUGCUUCGGCCUCAAGCGGCCUCGGCUUUAAAACAAUCUUAAUUUCUUGAUUAAUUUUUGACCGACAACGCAUUCAAAUAAUAAAACGAACAUGCGCCCUUGGAUUUCCACCCCUUUUAAACGAUCGAUAUAGCGGGGACACGGCGGUUCGCGAAACUUUAAAUAGAACGAACGUUAUUAUGUCGGUCAGGGGGCGGUUCGGUCGAAAAUACCUUCAAAAUGCGGACUAAUCAGCCGAAAUCAAUUCAAAACAUCAAUCAUUUCCGAAGUGUUCGCGUUAAAAUGUUUUGUUUUAAUCGCCAAAAGUAACGAUUCAAGUUUAAUUGAGUAAAAGUAAAAAUAAAAAAUUAGUAUUACCCUCAAAUAAUAAGAAAAAUGUGGCUCAAAAACUUGUUAGUGCUCGUUGUGAUUAAAUUUUGUGCCUCGCAGAAACCUAACAUGGAUAAUAGGAGGCACGAUGUUUAUAUUGCAGGGUUUUUUCCUUAUGGGAAAGAAUCUGAACAUGCAGAUACUGGUAGAGGAGUUAUGCCAAGUGUUAAGUUAGCUUUGGAUCAUGUAAAUGAGGCCUCAUCUGUGUUACGAAACUACAGACUUCAUAUGUGGUGGAACGAUACAAAAUGUAAUGCAGCCGUUGGAGUUAAAGCUUUUUUCGAUAUGAUGCACAGUGGUCCUCAUAAAUUAAUGCUUUUUGGGGCCGCUUGUACUCACGUAACCGAUCCCAUUGCUAAAGCAUCAAAAAGGUGGCAUUUAACGCAAUUAUCAUACGCAGAUACUCAUCCUAUGUUUACGAAAAAGAAUUACCCCAAUUUUUUUCGGAUAGUCCCCUCCGAUAUGGCUUUUAACCCCCCGAGAUUAUCAUUAUUAGAUAAAUUCAAUUGGACCCGAGUUGGGACUAUUUACCAAAACGAACCGAGAUAUUCUUUGGCCCAUAACAGAUUGGUCGCUGAAUUGGAUAGUUUGGGGUACAUCGUCGUUGAAACUCAAAGCUUUACGAACGAAGUUAAUGCAGCUUUAAGCAAAUUAAAGAAAGAAGAUACGAGAGUUAUUUUAGGAAAUUUCAAUGAAUAUUACGCGAGGGAGAUAUUUUGCGAAGCCUAUCACUUAGAAAUGUAUGGGAGACGGUACCAAUGGAUCAUAAUGGGGACAUAUUCACUCGGUUGGUGGAAAAACCUUCCCGAAAACUUUAAUUGUACCGCCGAAGAGAUGGAAAUUGCGCUAGAACAAACUUUAUUAACCGAUUUAUUACCUUUAUCAACUAGCGGAGAAAUCACCGUUUCCGGAAUCACCGCAGAAGAAUAUCUUUUAGAAUACAAUUCGCGCCGAGGUCGCGAAUAUUCCCGAUUUCACGGUUACACAUACGACGGAAUUUGGGCGGUCGCUUUGGCGAUACAAAACGUAGCGCAACGGAUUAAAAAGAACGAAAGUGUCGUUGAUUUCCGGUAUCGCGACGCAAAUUGGGAACAAUUGUUUCUUAACGCGUUGGCAAAUACGAGUUUCGAAGGCGUAACGGGACCCGUGCGAUUCUACGAUAACGAAAGAAAAGCGAGCAUUUUAUUAAAACAGUUUCAAAAAGGUUCUGAGAUUAAAGUUGGGGAAUAUAACGCGGUUACGAAUCAUUUAGAUUUAACGCUGGGGGAUCCAUUGAGUUGGAUUGGAAAGCACCCCCCGAAAGAUAGAACAUUGCGGAUAAUCGAACAUACAAGAGUUAAUAAGACAGUUUAUGCAAUUUUAGCUACUUUAGCUGUUUGUGGGAUUAUAAUGGCAGCUGUGUUUUUGGCGUUUAACAUAAAGUAUCGAAAUCAAAGAUACAUAAAGAUGUCUAGCCCCCAAUUAAAUAAUUUAAUUAUUAUUGGGUGUAUGUUAACAUAUACGAGCAUUGUUUUCCUUGGAUUAGACUCUGGCCUUUCGAGUGUUGAAGCUUUCCCGUAUAUUUGCACGGCGAGGGCUUGGACUUUAAUGGCCGGAUUUUCGCUGGCUUUUGGGGCGAUGUUCUCGAAAACGUGGAGGGUUCAUUCUAUUUUUACCGACGUUAAAUUGAACAAGAAAGUUAUUAAAGAUUACCAAUUAUUUAUGGUGGUCGGGGUGCUUUUAUUCAUUGAUUUGGUGAUUAUGACAACUUGGCAAGUUGCUGAUCCUUUUUAUCGGGAAACGAAACGUUUAGAAUCGCAUCCCCAUCCAUCGAGUGAAGAUAUUGUAAUCAUCCCAGAGAAUGAAUAUUGUGCGAGUGAAAAGAUGACGAUUUUCAUCGGGUCGAUUUACGCCUACAAAGGAUUAUUAAUGAUUUUUGGUGCUUUCCUAGCCUGGGAAACCCGGCAUGUCUCAAUCCCUGCAUUAAACGAUAGCAGACACGUUGGAUUAUCGGUUUAUAAUGUUGCGAUUAUGUGUAUUUGCGGCGCUGCGGUCGCUUUGGUCUUGGUCGAUCACCAAGAUGCUAUGUUUUUGAUUAUUGGAGUUUUCGUAAUUUUCUGCACAACAGCAACGUUAUGGUUAGUUUUUGUACCGAAAAUGGUGGAAUUAAAGCGAAACCCAGGGGGAUCAAUCGACAAAAGAUUCCGACCAACCCUUAGACCAAUGUCAAAAACGGGUAGAAGAGACUCGAGCGCUUCCGAAUUAGAAUCGAAGAUGAAAGAGGUGAAAGCGAUCAAUUCGAAAUUUCGAAAAACCCUCCUCGACAAAGAAAACGAACUCCAACUCCUCAUAAAACGCCUCGGAAACGAGGCGCGAGAACUUUUAGAAUCGAAAACGUUGGAUUCCAGCGACACAAAUCGGCUUUCCGUUCCGCUAUUACGAAAAGACCCCGCUUCCGGAACCGAAACGACCGAUUUAACUUCACUUUGUAGCAUUAGCUCGCAAGAUUGUACCUCAUUUCACCGCUCAGAUAGCCAAAAACGAAGAAAAUCACACUCCAAAGACAGUUUCGAGAUUCCCAAACUCGAAGAACCAAAAUUAAACGGAAAUUUAUCACCCCAAAACUUAAUCGAGAUCAAACCGGAAGUGAAACAACCCGAAAUUAAAACCGAAACGAUUUGUAACGGAUCCCAAAUCUACGAAGAGGUCAGUUUUACAAAAAAAAACGAUUAUUUCGAAACAAAACAAGAAGAAAAAACACCUCAAAGUCAACUAAGACGGAGAUGUAGCCUCAAAAACGACGCCCAAGAUCACGAGGAGAACGUUUGUUAUCGCCGAGUGAGCGUUCCGGUGAAUCGGGCAACUCCGGCGAAGAAAAAAAAUGAAUGCGGAACUCACGUUGUUGCGAAAAGUGAACUUUGGGACACCGGGAAUCAACAUCGAUGCGUUAAAAGCCACCAAAAAACGAGUCGGAGUGUUAAUCAAGAAGAAGAUGAUACGACGAUGCAUAGAUCCGUCUCAGAAAGGAAUAAACACAUUCAAAAACGAAACGAGAAAAGUCCCAAAAAAGAGGCGAGUUCAAAUAUUUGUAAUCAACAGUGUAAUAAGUUGGGGUAUUUUCAAUCGACCCCCAAUGUGGCUGCAAUAAAGAGUACAAGAACAUUACCCAGUGCUAUUAAAAAGGAGAAAUCGAUGUAUAACGCAACCUCUGAAAGUGAAUUGUUAGAUCGCGAGAUUUUGCCGAUUUUUCAAAAAUUAUUAACCGAAAGGAAUAAAUCCCAACAUAACAUAGACUAUUCGUUUGGACGAUCUUGUCCGAAUAUAUCGAUAAAGUGCGAUAUUGUGGAAUAUUUGUGAAAAAAGAACCUAAACGAACUACGAUCUGUCAAUUUUAUUAAAUUAAAUUAAUUAAAUCGUUUUAAGUUUUCACGAAAAAUGUUAUUAAAAAAAUUUUUGUUUUCCUAACCUCAAAAAAAAAAUUAAUUAAUAAAUACAACCCUGUAGAUUAUUUCCAUUUAGUAAACGAUUAUUAGAUGAAAUAUACACAUUCUCACAUCAAAUAAA